CAUCAGAACUUUUCAGCAUGGCACCUGAGCCACACAAAUGACCAGCAACAUGAGCUAGAAGAUAACAGUAACAGAAAGGGGAAAAAAGGAAAAAGAAACUGCAAGCUGACCUGGAGGAGAAGAACGGCAGCAACAAUGGCGGUAGCAUCUCUCCAGUGCUACCCUCUGCUGAACUCACCACCACUGUCCGUUUCGCGCUCUAUCUCUGCAAGGACACCAGCGCACAGAAGAGCAGUAGGAGCAAGGUGGAGGCUGCAACGAUGCUGCCGUUCCCAGUCUGCCGAGAGUCGAUCACAGGAUUCGCAGCCACAGCUGGAGCGCCUCUUCUCCAAUGUCAACCAGGCAACCAUGAAGCAUGAGCCUGGGAGUGUUACUGGUUCCAUCUUUCUUGUGGCUGGCACAACGGUAGGGGCAGGUAUCCUUGCAAUCCCCGCAGUCACACAGGAAGCUGGAUUCUUGGCCUCAGCAGUCACAUGCAUUUUCUGCUGGAUAUAUAUGAUUGUAACAGGGUUGUUAGUUGCUGAAGUAAAUGUCAAUACGAUGUGCGAACUAGGAUCUGGAGGUGUCUCCCUGGUUUCAAUGGCCAAGCGCACUCUAGGGACAUUUGGAGUACGAACAGCUUGCUUUUCAUAUUUGUUUAUACACUAUGCACUUCUUGUUGCAUAUGUGGCACGCUCUUCAGAUAUCAUAACAAACGCACUGGGCAUUCCCUUAUGGGAGAGUGCUGCCCUGUUCUCACUGGCUUUUGGGGGGUUAUGUUACUUUGGAAGUCAGCAAGUCAUUGGUGCGGUGAAUGGGUUUUUGGUGUUCAGUAUCAUAGCAUCCUUCACAUCUCUUGUGGUGGUGGCAAGUGGAAACAUACAGUUGAGUUCUCUUCUUGAAACAAAUUUUGCUGCUGCUCCCCAGAGUAUACCAAUAAUUGCUCUUUCAUUUGUAUACCAGAAUGUAGUCCCUGUUCUGUGUACAAAUUUGGAGGGAGACCUGUCAAAAGUAAGAAAGGCCAUUGUAUUAGGUACUGCCAUACCCCUUGUCCUGUUUCUCGUAUGGGAUGCUGUCAUCCUGGGGACAAUUCCGGGGCUUGCAGGGAGUGGGACUAUUGCUGAUCCAUUGGAACAACUUAGGUCAAGUAACGGAAUAGUGGGGCCUAUCGUUGAGGCAUUCUCAUUUCUUGCAAUAGGCACAUCAUACAUUGGAUUUGUUCUUGGACUCUCAGAUUUCAUAGCAGACUUGCUUAAACUACCAAGUGGGCAGAACAAACCUCUGACAUACCUUGUAACUUUGCUCCCUCCGCUUGUUCUGUCAUUGCUUGAUCCAGAGAUAUUUUUCAAAGCACUGGACUUUGCAGGAACUUACGGAGUUCUAGUGCUCUUUGGAGUUUUUCCUGCAGCUAUGUCAUGGUCAGAGAGGUACUCAGAUGAAUUGGAAGCUCCAGUACCUCCUAUAGUUCCAGGAGGAAAAGUUACCCUAUCAUUUGUUAUGGGUGGUGCCUUGAUCGUAAUUUUUUCAGAGAUUUUCAAGGACAUAAUGCAGUUACAAGGACUACAUUGACAAGUGCAACUUGCAAGGACACAUACCAUUCCUUUACCGAUGCUUCUGCACAUUUUCGUGCAAUAUUACUAAUGAGUGGCAUAAACACAACCAAAACUGACCGAGGCAGUGUUUCAAGCAUCUCUUAACUAAUCCUUUCACAGUUUCAUCAAGCAAUUCAGUCAAGUUCAGUUGAGUUGUACAUAUUGACCUUUCAACAUUUGUGCUCAUAUCAGUGGGGUCCUCCCUUACUGUUCCUUUAGAAAUGAUUUUUUUUUGCCAUAUGUGAGUUGUAUAAAUUAACCGAAGUAUAUUUUUUAUAAAUAAUAAAUCAGAAAACCCCUUGCAAAAA